GAUGUAGUUAGCAUCUGCCAGCAUCGACAAAUCACAAACACGUUUUUAGUAACUAGGGUUCGGCGUUGCCGAAUUUGACCUUGCUUGCCUGCAUGGUCUUGUGUUUUCCAGCUCUAUUCAAGUUGUCGUCACCUACUGCAGCUAUGAUCUCCUUCAUUGUUAAUUUAUCCAGAGCAGAAUUGAGCUUGCCACUCAUACAUGGACAUGUGGACCAGGCCGGUAAGUGCAUCGGCUGUUUGCGCUCCUGCAUCGUGAUGCUCAGUGCGCUACCAGAACUUGCUAUACUUGGGCGUGUAGUCUUUGUUGCCCGUCAGUCGCGCCAUUAUGCUGGAGCUCGAUAUUUUACCCGCGGUGUUAAUGAAGAGGUACGGAACUAGUGUAUCAAAUGAUCCUUUUCCUCAUGCAUCUACCUGCAAACGAGGUUACCGAGCAAAUUAGCCAUGAGGCAUAGGCGAUCGUGCUAGUGAUUAUUUAUUGCAUAUUGUUUAUCAUUGACCGUAGACUGUAGUGCGACUCUUCUCUUUUUUAGUGACUUAUGUCUGAUUCGUGCGCUUUU